ACUAAGAACAUUUGCAAUUUGAAUCUUCUGUGAAUUGCCGAUAGAAAAAGCUGUUUUAAAAUCACAUCAUUGAGAAAUACAUAUGCUAUCUUGUUGUCCGUGCAUGUCACUAUGUCGAUACACACGUCAAGGAGGGGUAUACCAUUCAAUUUGUUUUCUAAUUGCCUUGCCAUCCACAAUGUACGUUCUGAUCCAAAAAACAGAGGCCUGGCAGAAUCUAUACGCGUGGCCCUAGAAGAAAAAAAGUUCCAGCUUAUUAAGGAGUUCACAAUCUUUCUCUGUGAAGCAAAACUUAAGGAUGACGAGGUCUUGUCAAUCCUAAAAGAUGCCAAAGGAGUAGUUCAACACUUAACUCCAGUUUUUUUUCAAACAGUCAAGGCUUUGUUAUCUUUGAACUGGAAGAAAAGAAGUUCUGAGAUAAUCGAAGCUUAUAUUGAAUUUUAUAUGGACUUAUUGAUGACCCACAACCAAUAUUUUCCAAUAGGAGUAUCUAAACUUAUUGAACACUGGAUUCCUGAUAAAUCGGACGAAUUCGACUGUGUCAAGGGAUGUCCCUCAGAAAGUAGCAGAAUUAAACUGCAACCAGUUCACGAUGUACUGAAUCGCAUUUUAAACGCAGCUCCAAUGACAUUUGAGUUUGUAUUUAAAACCAUAACCGAUAAAUUUCCCUAUUAUAAAAAGCCAGCUUAUGUGACGGCAGGGUAUGUCUUUAACGUGCUCUGGUUAAUCGAAUACAAGCCUAUAUUUGAAGAACCAAUGUUGCAGCUUGUUUUGAAGAGAUUCUUAUUACUAGAUGUUAACGCUCCAAGAGAAGAAAUUGGCGAAGAAACAGAUGACGAAGAUGACAGUGAGGAUGCAGAUACAGUUUUUGAAAUGGACGAUGUAUCCAGCUAUACUAAGACUGAAAAAACUGUUAAACAUCCUGUCGGCAAAACCUUGGAUAUUUGCCUAUUCAUGCUGUAUAGGUUCAUUGACGGAGAACAGCGCUCGACUGCUAAACGCAUAUUUAAUAUAUUACUACAUAUAUUCGAUGAUACUCUGUUACCCAGCUACGAUAGCCAUCAUGUGCAGUUUGUCCUAUUUUAUGUGACUAGUAUUCGUGCUGCGUAUGCUAAGGCUUUUCUUGAUUUGCUUUGGCAGAAAGUACAAAAUCGCCAAAUUUCGAAGAUUAUUCGACAUGCUGCGGUGGGAUACAUGACUAGCUUUUUAUCUCGCGCCAGAUUUUUGCGACUAAGCCUUGUACAAGGCUAUUUAGAAAAAUUGAGCAUUUGGGCUCUUACCUAAAUAGACGACACGAGUAAAAAUAUUCUGACUUGGUCAUUUGGUGCACAUUUGGUUUUCUACUCUGUCUGCGAAACAAUUUUUUAUUUGAUUGCGUCUCGUGCGAGAUAUUUGACUGACAGUUCAACAGAACGAUUUUGAAAAUCUUACCUUUCUGCUUUCUGAUUAAUCAAAAACAAACACCACAAAACAAAGUAAAAGGUCAAGACGCAUACAUGUUUUAUAAUAUCAA